AAUAGCGGAGCCAGCUUGCCUGCUUGCGUGCCUGAGCCGAGCGGAGCCCGAACCCUGAGCCGCCAAGCCAGCACCUCCUCCAGUCGGGGUCGCUCGCUCCCGGCCGUUGCCUCACCGCCGCCACCGGGUCGCGUGUCCCCGCUGUCCCAAUCCGCCUCGUCAAAAAGAGCUUGGCGCACUCAGCCAGGCCCGCGGGCAUCAGCUGCGUGUCCCUCUCCGGGCUCAGUGCCCCCGCCGCCACCGGCGCUGCCUCGAUGUUCCAGCUGCCCAUCUUGAAUUUCAGCCCCCAGCAAGUGGCGGGGGUAUGCGAGACCCUGGAGGAGAGCGGCGAUGUGGAGCGCCUGGGUCGCUUCCUGUGGUCGCUGCCUGUGGCCCCUGCGGCCUGCGAGGCCCUCAACAAGAAUGAGUCGGUGCUGCGCGCGCGAGCCAUCGUGGCCUUUCACGGUGGCAACUACCGCGAGCUCUACCAUAUCCUGGAAAACCACAAGUUUACCAAGGAGUCGCAUGCCAAGCUGCAGGCGCUGUGGCUUGAAGCACACUACCAGGAGGCUGAGAAGCUGCGCGGAAGGCCCCUGGGGCCGGUGGACAAGUACCGAGUAAGGAAGAAGUUCCCGCUGCCCCGCACCAUUUGGGACGGCGAACAGAAGACACACUGCUUCAAGGAGCGCACGCGGCAUCUGCUACGCGAGUGGUACCUGCAGGAUCCAUACCCUAACCCCAGCAAAAAGCGUGAGCUUGCCCAGGCAACUGGACUGACCCCCACGCAGGUGGGCAACUGGUUCAAAAACCGCCGACAAAGGGACCGAGCAGCUGCAGCCAAGAACAGACUCCAGCAGCAGGUCCUGUCACAGGGUUCCGGGCGGGCACUACGGGCGGAGGGCGAGGGCACGCCAGAGGUGCUGGGCGUCGCCGCCAGCCCGGCCGCCAGUCUAUCCAGCAAGGCGGCCACUUCAGCCAUCUCCAUCACGUCCAGCGACAGCGAGUGCGACAUCUGAGCUGCCCAUCCAGGAUGCUCAGAAACAGAUUCCAGUGUAAAAAAAAAAAAGAAAAAGAAAAAAAAGAAAACAAAAUGAAAGAGAGAGAAGGGAUGAGAGACCUGCAAAUCAAGCGGCAGAGAAGCCAGGUGACCAGGGACCCGCGGGCUCGGGUUGCCGUUUCCCGCCCCCAACUUCCCCGCAGCCGCCUCGCUCCACUGGUGCCCUUCGGUCACGGCCACAGGAGCCCGCGGUGAGGCCUGAUCCAGCACCACGUCAUCCUCGCUUUGCUUUUUCCUAAGGAUUUUGCUGCAAAGACGCCUUCGGAACCCGAACUGCAAGCUGAGCGCCUGCCCAGAGUCUCCCAUGGGUAUUUCACGUCGAAAGGACGCUGUUAUAUGUUUAUAACUUUUGCUUUAAAGUUUUUUUUUUAACAAAACAUAUAUAUGCUGUUUAUUUACUUAUUUAAGAGACUGCCAAUGGUAGGUUUCUCUGUAGCUUGGGGACCUUGCUGUUUCUAAACAUGCAGGCUGGUGCUGACAGGUUCUGUGUGGAGAAGCCAAACAAUAAAACAACCUAGUGGGCAACCUUCUUAAUUAAGGCAA